CUCAACUUGCAACAUAAAAUUUACAAUACCAACAACUCAUCCAACCUAGAAAACAAUGGGCAAACAAGGGAGGAAAUGAGAACAAGAGGACAAGAUGUCUGCCAUUUACACUCCAUAACUUAUUCAUGUCCACCAUCAUCCCUCACCAUAUAACCCCACUUUGCCAAUUUGAACCAAAGCGCACCAAACACAUAUAUUCCCCACAAAUUGAUGGCAAAUCUGUAAUUCUCAUCGAGUAGGGCCACCUACCAUUAGCAAGGUACCAAGAAAUGAAUAGUGGGUUCCCCAACACUCUUGCAACUGUUGUGAUUUGUCUCGUAAAAUCAAUCGUUAUCGGAAGAGGUUUAUGUAUGAAUUUUAACCAUUUUCUUAAUUAAAUGUAUUCUCGAAAUUAAAGUUAAUCCAUAAAUUUGACGUUUGUGCACGUUUUUAUCAACACGAAAGUUUAACUCAUAAAAUUAAGGAUCGUACAGAUUUGUCAUACCAUGUACUUUAACACCACGGUUGAAAUUAAGACCGUAAGAAAUUGAGUAGAUGAUCUAAACUACAAAUUAGCUAUAACACUACGUCACAAAUCAAUUUGCUUUAACAAUUUAAACUAUUGGAAGAGAUUCAUGUAUAUAUAUAUAUGAAUCUUAACCACUUCCUUUUGACUCUGCCAAUAUCAAAUAUGCAGCUUCAGGACGCCAUUCUUCUUCUGCUAUAACAAUUUCUUCCAGUCCAGCCAAGCCUCUUCUUCUUCGUUUUCUUAUACCAGCUAUUCUUCUGGUUGGCCGGAGAUCAGAUUUCGAUUCAGACAGAAGCUAUGCCGAUUCUCAAAAUGCAGGCCAAUAUUCCCCACCAUCACAUAUCCUUCCCACCGAACUCCCUUUCACCGACGCCGGCGGCAAAGCUGCCACGUCAUCACCACCGGCACGACCACAACAAGAAUUCCAACCUCCACGUCCCCAAAGCCAUAUCGAUCUCAUCACCACCACCCACCAUCACCACCACCACCACCACCAACCACGAAACGACGCCGUUGGACCAAAACGACGACGCCGUGGCAGCCUUCUGGGACUACCAGUUCCUCUUCAUCUCCCAGCGCAAGGAAACAACCCAACCCAUCACCCUCCUCCCCGUAAACGGCGCCGUCCCAUCCGACUUCCCCAAGGGAACGUACUACCUGGCCGGACCCGGCCUGUUCAGCGACGACCACGGUUCGACCGUCCACCCGCUGGACGGCCACGGUUACCUCAAGUCCUUCCACGUGGCGGAUGACGGGAAAGUUCAAUUCAUGGCCAAGUACGUGAGGACGGAGGCACAGAUGGAGGAGCACGAACCGGAGACCGACACGUGGCGGUUCACCCACCGGGGUCCGUUCUCGCUGCUGAAGGGCGGCCGGCGGGUCGGGAACACGAAAGUGAUGAAGAACGUGGCGAAUACGAGCGUGUUGAAGUGGGGGAGGAGGUUGUUCUGUCUUUGGGAAGGUGGGGAUCCUUAUCAGAUUGAUCACAGGAGUUUGGAUACCGUCGGCAGGUUCGGCUUGAUCGAUGAUGGUGGUGGUGAUGAGAAGAAGAGUGAAUGGGCCGCCGCCGCCGGCGGAGGGGUCGAUUUGUGGGAUGUGGCCGCCGGUUUGUUGAAGCCUAUUUUGUACGGGGUAUUUAGAAUGCCACCAAAGAGGUUAUUGUCGCAUUACAAGCUCGACACCAAAAGGGACAGGCUUCUUACCUUGUCAUGCAAUGCCGAGGAUAUGCUCAUGCCUCGCAACAACUUUACAUUUUAUGAGUACGAUUCGAAUUUCAAGCUAUUACAGAAGCAAGAGUUCGAAAUCUCAGAUCGGCUAAUGAUCCACGACUGGGCUUUCACGGACACACAUUACAUAUUGUUCGGCAACCGCAUCAAAAUCGAUGUUCUUGGGGCAAUCCAGGCGGUGUGCGGAUUAUCUCCGAUGAUCUCGACGCUGUCGGUGGACCCACCUAGCAGCUCCACUUCUCCCAUUUACUUGCUCCCGCGUUUUCCCGGCGAGGAAGAGGCCGGCGGCCGGGACUGGAGGGUUCCGGUGGAGGCUCCCGCGCCGAUGUGGCUGCUCCACGUCGGGAACGCGUUUCAGACGGUGGAUGAGAGCGGGAACGCCGAGAUCCGCGUCCACGCUGCCACUUGCUCCUACCAGUGGUUCAAUUUCACCAAACUCUUCGGAUACAACUGGCGGAGCGGGAAGCUGGACCCGUCGGCGAUGAACUUCGCCAAGGAAAGCGAGUACGAGCUCCUCCCGCACCUCGUCGAGGUCACCAUCAACCUCCACGCAGCAGAAAAAACCGAUGCGCCACGUAGCAGUAGUAGUAGUACUUGUGACGUGGCGCCGCUGAACCAAUGGAACAAGGCCACCGACUUCCCCAUCAUCAACCCGGCCUUCUCCGGCGACAGGCACCGCUACGUCUACGCCGCCGCCUGCUCCGGCUCCCGCCCCACGCUGCCUCAUUUCCCCUUCGACACCGUGGUCAAGAUGGACGUCGAGGAAGGGUCCGUCUUUACGUGGACCGCCCCACGCCGGACCUUCAUCGGCGAGCCCAUCUUCGUUCCCAAACCCCGUUCUGAUUCGGGCCCGGGAGAAGAAGACGACGGCUACCUCCUUGUGGUCGAGUAUGCGGUAGCGAUACAAAAGUGUUAUCUGGUGAUGUUGGAUCCGAAGAGGAUUGGGGAGGGCGAUGAUGCUGUUGCGGCGAGGUUGGAAGUCCCUAGAGAGCUCAAUUUCCCGCUUGGUUUUCAUGGUUUUUGGGCUCCCGAUGAUGAUGAUGAUCUUUAGGGGAAUAUGUAUAUGGAUUACGAUAAACCAAUGGUUGUAAAACCGAAUACUGAAAAAAGUCAGUGAUAGUGUACUUUAUGUUGAAGGUAGAAAACUUGAAAUCGUGGUUUAAUAGCAUAUAGUUCAACUGUUUCGCGUUGCUAAAACUCGUCUAUUGGGUUAGAGCUUCGAUAAGAGAAUUUUCUUAUCAAACUACAUGUUGGUACGGUUUCACAGACACGACAAUAAACAAACAAAAUCAUG